CUCAUCUCCCCUGUAUAGCAACCCCUGCUGGUCACUAUAUCCGACCAUCAUGGCUUCUAGACUCGCUAUCAGGAGCCUGCGAGCAGCGGCCGUCAGGCCUGCUGUUGCAGCUCCCCGUGUUUUCUCCGUGCCUGCCAUUAGUGCCCGUUCAAUGGCUACUCAACAAUCGCCGGAUGAGAAAGCUGCAUCGAUAAUAAACUCUGUACCCUCUUCUUCGCUUUGGACCAAAACCGGUGGAAUCAUCCUUGGAACUGGUGUGACCGCUGCUGCCGUCUCUUCGGAGCUCUAUGUCAUCAACGAGGAGACCAUCAUCACCGUUGGAUUUUUCAUCAUCUUCGCUGCCAUCGCUCGAACUGCUGGGGGACCGUACAAAUCUUGGGCCGAGGGACACAUCAACCGAAUCCGAGACACCCUCAACGCCGCCAAGGAGGAGCACACUCAUGCCGUCACUGAGAGGAUAGACUCUGUCAAGACUCUCAAAGAUGUCGUACCCCUCACCGAACAACUGUACAAGGUCGCCCGAGAGACCAACGCCAUCGAGCACGAGAACUUUGUCCUCGCUCAGGAGCAGGCCAUCAAGACUGAGAUCAAGUCGGUGUUGGACAGUUGGGUCAGAUAUGAGCAACAACAGAGAGAGGCGGAGCAGCUUGAAUUGGUCAAGACUAUUCAGGCGAAUGUCGAGUCAGAAUUGGCCAAGCCCGCUUUCAAGAAGCAGUUGCUUGAGGAGGCAUUGUCCAGGGUUGAGCAAUUGUCUCAAUCCAAGGCGAUUUAAAAUGCUGGUAUAGGAGGGAUGCGGUUUGGAAGCACGCUUAAAAUUGCUCUGACGCCGCAUGCACAAUUGAAUAGAUCGCUGUCGCAGAUCCGGAUUGGGCCAAAAAUGCUCA